GAGGAUGACCGCAUGGCUGAGAUGCCGUAUGCUGAUUUCGAAUAUCCGUACAAAAUGUACAGUGGUUAUUUGAAAGGAAACAAAGAAGGAACAUUCAAAAUGUUUUAUUGGUUGGUGGAGGCUUACGAACACCCAGAGGAUGCUCCACUGCUGCUAUGGCUUAGUGGUGGUCCUGGAUGCAGCUCGGUAGCUGGAGCGCUUGAAGAACUUGGACCAUUCUACGUGAAUCGUGAUGGAAAAUCGCUCUUCCAACAUGCGUACGCAUGGAACAGACAUGCGAACGUUCUGUUCAUUGAAUCGCCUGUCGGUACGGGUUUUUCGUACAACACAGAAGAUCCGAAGAGCUACACUGUUGGCGACGAUCUCACGGCGGAUAUAAACUUACACGCUUUGAGCGAUUUCUUCAGUCGCGUGCAACCUCAAUACAAAACGCGAACAUUUUUCAUAUCUGGCGAAUCAUAUGCAGGCAUAUACAUUCCAACACUUGCAAGACUCAUCGUGCGUGGCAUUAACGACAAAACGUUCCCGAAUACCAAAUUCCAGGGUAUGAUGAUUGGUAAUGGUUACUGUAAUGUGGAGAAACUUGCGAACUCGUUGAUUCUUUUCCAUCACUAUCAUGGACGUAUUGGACUAUAG